AUGUGGGCACUUCGUCGAGCCAUAAACCCUGCCAGAAGGUGAUACUGACUAGCCUACUCCAGUUUCGGAUUUGUUUUCUCCCCUGCUCGUCAUCGUGUAGUCUCGGAUAUGAUUUUCUACUGUGUUCUUCCGGAACACAGAAGUUCAGUGUCUGCGUUGUUUCCGGUAUUUUUCCCCAGUUAAUGCUCCACGUUUAUUUUUAGAAUCAUCAAAUCGUUAAGAGUGUUAUUGGAAUGGAAGCUGUCUUUAUCGUUUCCGCAUGUUAAUUUUCUGCCCUUUCUAUACUUUCUCCUCGCGGAGUCCAUUUUCCCCGCAGAAAUUUUUGUUUAACCUAGUUUUCGGCCAAUUUUAGGCCGCUGGUCAUUUUCUUCGUAAAAGAAAAGAUUGUGUUUCGGUCUACAGCAGGAUUGUGAUAUGCGAACACCCUCUCCCUCAAUGGACCUCUAUAAUAUUAGUGUCGGUAGUAAGUUUCUGAUUUAUUUACAGAUAUAUAUAUGGAUAUGAUUAUAAUAAUGUGGAACGGGUUUCAUUCUAUGACGAUCUUAUUCCUUCUUUCCGCUCAUAUCACUUUUAGCUUAUAUGAAUUUAUGGAUGUGGUUUGUUGUUAUUCCUGUAAAAACCAUCAUGUGAAUAAACCUUCAAUCUUCCUUGUCCUCAGGAGCCAUGGCUAUAUUCGGGGAAUAAGCCAGUCUACUUGUGCCUGCUUGGACACCUCAGUAAAUUGUUUUGAUCGUGGAGUUGAUCACAAUAGGCAUGAUUGCUCCGCAAGUGGUUGCUACCUGCGCCCAAUUAAAUCUUCCCGCGGGCUUUUAUCUUCAGUUGGGCCCUUCAUGGGAAGCAGAACCCUUUCUUCUCUGGCUGGGGAGAAGACCAGCAGUAGUGAAGAGGAUCUGGAGGAUGGAUUUUCUGAGUUGGAAGAAGAUAAAACUGCAAUUAAAGAGGAUGCUGAGCAUUCUGUAUCUGAGUCAGAGCUUUCUGGGGUUGACUCUGAUGAUGAAUCCGUAAAAGCUGAGGAGGGCGCACUGGAAUUUUCAGACAUUGAGGUUGAGACAAGUGGAGGGAAGCCUUCUUUAAAGAAGAGCACUCUUUCCCCACUUUUCAAGGUCAUCAUUGAAGCUCCCCGCCCUUCCAUUACUAGUGCUCUUGACAAAUGGAUCAGCGAAGGCAAUUCUAUCGGGCAAGCUGAUAUCUUCCCUACCAUACUUCAUCUUCGGAAAAGACGUUUUUAUCUGAAGGCCUUGCAGGUAACACUUAUCAUGCCACCAUCCUUGUUUGGUUGUUCUCUUACUUCUUUUAUUGGACACAGUUUGAAGGAGCUUCAUAACUGGUUUUGGGUUUUGCUAUUUCAUCUGUUACCCUAAUUAGCCAUACUUUGAUGUCGCCUCACUUUCCAUCUUUUAGGUAAGCUGGCAUGCCAAUAUGUCAUGCUAGAUACCUUGGCUGUUUUUUUCAACUUGGGAAUUUCAAUAAACGAUGAGAAUUUUUAGACUUCUAUUUUAGGUCGUGAUAAGAAAUGGGUGCAAGUAAUCUUAUAAUUGAUGGUUUAAUGAUAUUUUCCCACACCACAUUCGGUUGAGAGCUCAUACUGACUUAAACAUUCUCUUAGCAAUGCAAUGCAAUGCAAUGCAUUGAUCUUAUGAUUGAAACGCCUUUACAGAUCUUCACUCGUCCAAAAUAAUGAUGCAGUCUGCAUGAUCAUGCGCGUUUUUGCCGAAUUUUCAUUCCUAGAUUGAGAUUUCUUGUAUUCUUACCCUUUUUUCCUCAUGCAAAAUGAUAUGGCUGACAGUUGGCUAAUUUUUUUCCAGUUUUUUGAGUGGUUAGAAGCAAACAAGCAUGUUGAUUUUGGGGAGAGGGACUAUGCAUCCCGGCUAGACCUAAUAGCUAAAGUUCAUGGUCUCUUCAAAGCCGAGAAGUACAUCGAACAAGUCCCCGAAUCCUUCAGAGGUGAGCUAGUGUACCGGACCCUCCUGGCUAACUGUGUCUCCGCCCUGAAAGUCAACAAGGCGGAGGAAGUGUUCAACAAGAUGAGGGACCUUGAUUUCCCAUUCACUGCCUUCGCUUGCAACCAGCUGUUGCUCCUCUACAAGAGGCUCGACCGGAAGAAGAUCGCCGAUGUGCUAUUGAUGAUGGAGAAGGAGAAUGUGAAGCCCUCAAUCUUCACUUACAGGCUGUUAAUAGAUACAAAGGGCUGCGCAAAGGACAUCGUGGGCAUGGAGAAGAUCUUGGAGACCAUGAAGAAUGAGGGCUUGGAACCUGACCUACCAAUCCGGGCCAUGAUGGCCAAGCACUACCUCCUCUCAGGUUUGAAUGACAAAGCGGCGACCAUUCUGAAGGAGAUGGAAGGGGAUGACAUCAGUGAAAACCGCUUUGCUUGCGAGUCCCUUCUCUCCUUGUACGCUUCUCUCGGCAAUGCAGACGAUGUGGAGAGGAUAUGGAAGGCGUGCGAAGCCAGCCCCCGAUUCGACGAGUGCUUGGCGGCGAUAGAAGCCUGGGGCAAGCUGGGGCGUGUGGAAAAGGCAGAGGCGGUGUUUGAGAAAAUGCAAGAUAAAUUUAAGAAGCUCUCUCCCAAGUACUACAAUGUCCUGCUGAAAGUCUACGCCAACCACAAGCUCUUGACCAAGGGGAAGGACCUGGCCAAGCGGAUGGCCGACAGCGGGUGCGUGAUUGGCCCGAUGACCUGGGACGCCCUUGUGAAUCUCUACGUGCAGGCCGGCGAGGUGGAGAAGGCCGAUUCGAUACUGCAGAAGGCUACCCAGCAGAACAAGGCCAAGCCCAUGUACAGUUCAUACAUGGCCAUCAUGGAGAUCUACGCCAAGCGGGGAGACGUCCACAAUGCAGAGAAGAUAUUUCACAGGUUGAGGCAGAGCGGCUAUGUCGGGAGGAUGAGGCAGUACCAGGUGCUGCUUCAGGCGUACAUAAAGGCCAAGACGCCGGCAUAUGGAUUCAGGGAGAGGAUGAAGGCGGAUAAAAUGUUCCCCAACAAGGCAGUGGCGGCCCAGCUGGCGACUGUCGACGCCUUCAGGAAGACACAGAUCUCAGAACUGCUGGACUGA